AUGGAGGCGAUCGUGCGCGAGCUCCAGAGCGACGCGCAGCUGGGCGUGUUCCUGAGCCCGGAAUGCAACGUGAGCGCCAUCGCCAGCGCCGUCGUGGCGCGCGACUCGGCCUCACGCGACGUCAGCGGCGCGUCUCGACGCCGCGCCAGCUCCGCCACCAGCUUCACGGCAGCAGGAGACGACACAGACGAGCCCAGCCAGUCGGAGCAGUUCGUGGAGCGGCUGGACGGCGCCGUGCAGCGCAUUGACCGCGUCAUCUCGGAGCACAUCGGCGAGCACCACGCCACGCUGCUGGACCAGGUGGGGUCCGUGGACGAGCUGCAGGGCCACGUGACGUCGGUACAGAGCUCCGUAGGGCAGCUCAAGCAGUUGGUGCACUCGCUGCAGGCGCUGGUGCGCGAGCAGCACGAGAACUUGCGCGACACGAUCCAGCGCUACCGCAACGUGGAGCAGUGCGGGGACAUUGUGCGGCGCGUGCUGCGCUUCCAGCAGCUGUCAGAUCGCGUGCAGAACGAGAUGGCCUCAGUGGCUCUCGCAAUCAGGGAGAUGGAGGUGCUGGUGCAGGACGAGAGCUUCGAGGAGCUAAGUGUUGUGCGAACAAAGCUGCCAGCUAUGCGUAAGCUUAGCGCUAACUUGAAGCGGGAGGUGCGGGCAACAUUGCGUUCCGGCAUCCAGAGUUUGAGCCAGGCAGACGUGGGCGACGCGCUGCAGAUCCUUUUCUACCUGGGAGACUUGGCUACGACAGCGCAAGCGUCGGUUAAUGACGUGAUUCAGGAGGUCGAGCGCAAGUGCUCCGCUGCCAUUUCCGAAGACAAGCUUGUACGCUCGGGUGGGAACACCUCCAGCGGGCUAGACUCAAGUAAUGAACCCUCGUCUGGUAAUAUCGUGCAGAAGUCUGAUCUGUGGAAGGCGCUUGAGGAUGUUUUCGAUGUCAUUCGUGUUCACGCGCUCCAAGUGUGGAAUCUGCAACGCGUGCUGUUAAAGAUGGCGGACCCGACAUCCGGAAAGAAGUAUCUGGACCUGGUACUUGAGCCGGACGAGCCGUCCCUCUUCGCUACUUUCUGGGAAGUGACCUGUGCUAUUGUGAGGGAGCUGUUCGCGUCGACACUUGGCUACAGUACGGCAGUGAAAUCUGUGCUGAUCGCCGAGUACCCUCGAAUGCGGGAGCAAGCCACACGGGUUUUGAACGAACUGUACGCCGCGACAAAGCAGAGUGCGGAAUUGGUGCCAAUUGCGGUGUCUGCGGCCGAUCGUACACAACUACUUGAUUCCAUGGCGCCAUUGUACGAUGCGUUUAUCGACCGCGCAUAUCGCCGAAUGUCGAACCCAAUCCAGCUCAUGUUUCCUCAGAGCUCCAACUUUCACGCCUCGCCUCCUGGUCGUAGUGACAUGCAAACAUUAUCCCGCACGAUUUUUUCGGAGUUGGAGCAGGCAGGCCAAGAUCCGGUGCUGCUCGAUGGUGCACUUCAGCAGGUGCGGAAGGCUGUCAAUUUGUUCUGCACUAACGUGAAGAGAAUAAUGCAUCAAGGAAAGGCCGCCGCUGCAACAUUGCCGUCGUUUGGACGGACUCCUGCCCAGGCUCACAAUGUUGGACUCAUGAAUGUGCUGAGUAUGCUGAACGAUGCACUUGAAGAGGUGGGCAACCGAAUUGAAACAUCAGCAACUGGCAAUCAAACAGGAGCAGCAUCCGCAGUAUCAUCAGCUACCGACUCCAUCACCAAUGGUGUGGUUACACUCAAAGAAGCCAAAAUGCUGUGCUCGAGAAAUCUAGCCCCGUGCCGUGAAAUGAUCACUGAGCUGGAAUAUGCCUUGCUAGGCUUUUACCUGCAGGCUCUUGCCGUGCUACUGGAGGGUAUUUUCGCGAAGAUGCAUGAUGAAUCUUUCGGUGAUCAGAGUGGUGUAGCCAGAGUGGCCAACUCGGGGGGAGCACCGCGGAGUACCGGUGGCCUCCGUUCGUCUCAGGGCACAAGCGGUUCCAAGUAUAUGCAAGAGUUCAGCAACGCUUUCGCAGUCGUUCUCGAGGAGCAUUUGCGUCGCCUCCCGAUCGCUUCAUUCGCCACCAAGUGCCUUGCAGAAUUUGUAGAGCGCCUCAUCUCGGUGUUCAUCCGGCACGCAUCACUAGUGCGUCCGCUUACAGAGAAUGGGAAGCUGCGGCUAGCAAAUGACAUGGCCCAACUGGAACUGCGACUGGAGAACAUUGUGCCCUUGCGCAAUGUCGGCGCACCGUACGAAGAACUUCGCGCUUUCCGGCACAUGAUUUUCCUAGACAACAGUGAGAUUCUUCGGGAUACUACAAUUGACAAGAUCCGACCGAGCAACGUCUGGCACCACCUCACUUCCCGUGCUCCACCCGAGCUUCAAUUGCCACACCAGAUGAAACAUUGGACGGCUUCCAAGUAUAUUGAAUGGCUGGAUACUCGUGCGGCUAUUGGCCAGUCGUCGUCACCGUCCUCUACCCCACCGCCUUCGAGCGGCAAAGCGUCAGGGUUAUCGCCAUCGUGGAAGGAGCUGCCUCUUGGGUACCCGUGUCUGAAGGAUUCUCGCCUGAGCCUGCAAGCUGAAAAGCAGGCUUGGAAGGAAAUGGUCAAAUGCCUUGAUGCGUACUCUCAGCGCGUGAGCGCAUCAACGAACUCUGAACUGAGUCCGAUUUACGACUUGCUGCAGGAGUCUAGCGCGAUUCUGUUGGCAGGGUACGAAGUGAUGGUUUCUCGGUAA